AUGAGUGAGUUGCUCGGUAUCCCACUUAAACGGACUUUGGAUGUAGACUUUGCCGCAGAGCUGUCAAAAUUAAUCGACUCCACCUCCUUUCAAACUGCAUCCUUUUUCCAAUCUGAUAUAUCAAAAGUUGCUGCUGCAAGGAACAAUGCUAUCACCCCCGAUAUAUCAAUCAAUGGGCUUGAUGCGCUGAAAACAUACUAUGCGAUGCUGCUGCAAUUGGAGAGGAAAUUCCCUGAUAAUCAGAUUGAAUUUACGUGGUUUCAAACUCUGUCACAGAAAUCACUUGGAUGCAGUCAGUAUUCAUUACAGUGGGAAAAACUAACCAUUAUUUAUAACAUUGGAUGCAUGUAUUCACUGCUGGCUUUGGAUAGCAACAAUGAUUCAGUAGAGUCUCUGAAAACAUCGUGUCUCUAUUUCCAGAAUAGUGCCGGGUGCUUUAAGUACGUAAUGAAACAUCAAACAAAUCUCAAGACGAUGCCAGUGAUGGAUAAUUCGACCGCAGACGCCUUAGCUUCGCUGAUGCUAGCACAAGCCCAGGAAUGCUUUUGGUUUAAAGCCGUACAGGAUAAACAUAAAGAUUCCUUGAUCGCAAAAUUGUCACAACAGAUCGUGGACUUUUACAGUGAAGCCAUCAGUGAGGCUCAAAGGGGUAAACUCAUUAGGAAUGACUGGAUCAAUCACUUGAAGGCGAAAAAGGCUUAUUUCAGUGCGGUGACUAGUUACAGAAUGUCCUUAUCCUUUAAUGAAAAGAAGCAGUUCGGAAGUAUGGUGAAAGCAUUACAAAAGGCGCUGCAAUUUGUUAAUGAUUCGACGCUAUCUUCACAAGCUAAGUUCAAAACGGUCAUCGAAUCUACUCUGAAAGAAGCUCAAAGAGAUAAUGAUUUCAUUUACUUGCAACAACUUCCUUCGGAACUACCAAAAAUCAAACCCGCUCUCAUGGUUAAGCCAUCUUCCAUCGUAACAUUAUUACCUUCGAUUGAGAAUAGUGAUCAGUUGUUCAAAGACUUAAUUCCAGUAGAAGUAAUGGACUACUGUACAGCAUAUAACGAAAGACAAGAUAAAUACAUUGAACAACGUGUAACAAACCCUCUCAUUUCCUUGAAUAAAUUAUUAAAAGAGUCCAUGACUACCUUUCAAAUACCGCAAGAACUUAUAACAAUCAGUGAAGCAGAAUUAGUUCAGUAUGAGGCAUUGCUUGAUAAUCUCCAUGUGAACAACAAGAAUAUACAGUCUGAACUGGGAAAAGCUGAGCAAGUCUUGAAGGAAGAGGCAUUAAGUGACAAGCAACUCCGACUAAAACACGGGACUUUGCAUUGGACUCUACCAGAAUCUUCAACCGUCAACGCAACAUAUUAUGAAAAAUUGAAAAAGCUAAAAGAGUAUCUUGAUCAAGGUAGUGCGAUUGACAAGCAAACAGAUGAGUUGUUCCAAAGUAUUGACAAAAAAUUGAUAACAUCAGAGAUUAAAUUACCGGAACCCAACGAUUCCUUGACAAAUAUGAUUAAAAAAGUCAUACAGGAGAGAAACGCAUAUAGCGAGAAAACUAAGCGCAAAUCCCUUGAAUAUAGAAUACUUCCAAAGAUAAUUUCAUCGUACAAAAAAAGUGGCAUAGCCAACUUUGAAGCUGUUUUUACUGGUCAUUUAAAGUACUUCGAUGAAGAUUUGAGAUACGUUAACAGUACGAAGCAGGAAAAUGCCAAGCUAAUCAAGGAAAUUGAGCUAAAUGAAGAAAAUAAAACUUCUGAGAGUGGAGUUGAGGCGAAAAAAAUGGAAAGAAUAGAUCCCAGAGAAUUGUAUAUCGAAGAUUUGAAAUAUUCCUAUAAGUUGCUCGAUGAGGUCAAAGAGAAUCUAAACGAUGGUACCGCGUUUUACGAAAAUUUAAUCAAUUCCACAAGUAACUUUUACAAUGAGGUUCAGGAAUACGAUGCAGCAAGAAGAAUGGAGAAAGUCCAACUUGACGAAAGCUUAGUAUCCGAAGCGCGAUAA